AUGAAACAUGUGCAAAAACACGUGCAAUUCCUCCUGUUGUGCAUUCUUACGCUACUACUUAGCGAAAACAAAAGUGGCGUUAAUAACCUGGGGGUGAUGAAGCGCAGAUCCGACUAUGUCCCACACUUGACGACAAGUGGAGACGAAAAAAGAAGAAGAACCAGAUCCAAGUGCCGAGGGAAAAAUACACUAUUCUUGUACAUUCCCAAAGGAAAUCUGUGGAAAAGAAAUGUGGGAAGUGCAUGUGAAUGGGAAGACAGACUGAGGGGAAGAGAUUUGCACAAAGGUAGCAAAUUCAAACGACUUUUUUUCGAAAGGAACGGAAUAAAUGUCCCACAAGAUGUUGCCAUGUUUGGGAAGAUGAAUAUAUACUAUGUGAGGGAAAGCGUAUACGAUCGGGCCAAAAAUAAUUUAGUGCCAAAUGAGGUGCACUCUGAGAGCAUUGAGGAGUUAGAGCAGGAUGAAACCACUGGGGGGGGAAAGGAAAACGGCACAGUUGAGGGGGGAAAGGAAAACGGCACAGUUGAGGGGGGAAAGGAAAACGGUACAGUUGAGGGGGGAAAUGACGCCUCCUCGGUGGACUUGAAAAAUUCAAUGGAAACAGAUGGGUACAAAAUGGCAAGGACACAAACAGGGCCCCCGGCGAACGGAGAAAACAUUUUCAAAUAUAUCAAUCAGGAACGAGACUACAUUGCUCAUGUGGGAAAUUCUCCGAAGGUAGACGUUUACGAAAGAAGGUACAGAGCGGACGAGCAGAAGAUGCAGCGCAUGUUCGAAAAUAUUAAUGAAGUGAACAUACAGCUGUUGAAGGACAUGAAAAACAUAGACGAGAAGGAAAAGCUCAUAAACAAAAAGGUGAUACAAAAAGUGAGGGAAGAUAUUAAAAGGUUCCAGGAAAAGGAUGAAAUUAUGGACAUUCAUGGGAAUGUUAUGCACCCAUCUUUGGCUUCGUCCACGAGCAGUAGCGGAAAGGGGAAAGGGAAGGAUGACGGAAAACAGAAAAAUGAUCUCCUUGCAGAUAUGGACGAAGAGGAAAAAAACGAAGUUAUCAAAAAACUCUACAUGGUUGAAAAGAAGACCGAUAAAUAUUUAGAAGAAAAUGUCUACUUGGUAAUGCAAACGUGGCUUCCAGACAUGCGAAUUGAUGACACUCUCAUCGUCAUCGACAACGUAGAAAAAUUUUACAACGACUUUGACAUAAAGAAAUAUCAUGAAAAAUUCAACCAAGCAAAGGAUACAAAUUUUGCAUACGAUUUGAAUUCUCACAUAAUUGAAAAUGUUCCAAAUGACAUUAAUGAAGAUCCCCAAGUGGAAUGUGAAAAUGUAAAUUCAUACAACAGUACAUACAAUAAAUUAAAUAGUUAUAACCUGAAGAGGUACACAUAUACAUACACGACGAAUGAUAAUAUGGAUACGAAAUUUACGAAAAAUGAACCGUUACCUCCUGUUGUUAUAAUUAACACAAGAAAAAAUUUCAUGGUCCAAGAAUGGGAAUGCAAAAACUUCAAGAAUAGACAGAAAAGAAACAAAUCUCAGGAAUAUACAAGGAUCCAGAGAGCAUUUCGACCCUUUUCUUAUAUCGACCUUAGUGAUAUAACAUGCAUUUAUAAAAAUAAUUUUCUCCAAUUGAAAAUGAAAAUGUGCCAUCGGAAGUUUAAGGAUGAUGUGUACCCCUUUUUUGUUCCCAUUAAUAAAACCCCAGAUGAACUCCUUGAUUUCCAGGGGUAUAAAAAAAAUGGCGAUUACGCUUGGUCCUUUUUUUGGCACCAUUUUAAAUAUGACCAAGACACCGACUAUGGCUUCCUGAACAGAAACGUAAAAUUAAACUUAACCGAAACGAAAUUUGAAAACGUGAACAAGAAGAAAUCCAAAAAGAUUAUGCGCAAAAUUUUGAAGGAAACCAAAGGGGUAUGA